AUAUUUAGCUCCAUUUGUUCAUGCAUAUCAAAGCUUACUUUUAUGUAUCUUAUGUUAAUAUUUUCAAGAUUUAAGUCUUAAAUCCUACUUAUUAAGGUACGUGACCCAUAAAUAGCAACAAAAUGGAUCAGACUGCAUGUAAUGGUAAGUUAAAGCUAGAACUAAAGCAAAAGGACCCAAUAAGAGUGGCACCAGAGGAGGAAACAGAGAAGGGGCAUUACUUGUUAUGCAAUUUGGAUCAAAACAUAGCUGUUAUCAUGAGGACAAUAUACUUAUACAAGUCACAGCAGAAAGGGAAUGAAGAUGCUGUAAAAGUUGUAAAAGAAUCAUUGGCUAAGGUUCUGGUGCCCUUUUAUCCUCUUGCCGGGAGGUUGACUAUUAGUCCAGAGGGAAAGUUGAUUGUUGAUUGCACAGGAGAAGGGCCUUUGUUUGUUGAGGCAGAGAAUAAUUGCUCCUUGUUGCAGAUACUUGGCUUAGCUAGUGCUGAUCCUAUGGUGCUCAAGAACCUUGUUUAUGAUUUCCCUGGUGCCAAAAAUAUCAUUGAGACUCCUCUUUUUACUGUUCAGGUCACAAAAUUCAGCUGUGGAGCCUUUGCAGUAGGUAUAGCCAUGAACCACUGCAUGGCAGAUGGGUUAUCAGCAGUAGAGUUCAUGAAUUCAUGGGGCGAAACAGCGCGAGGAUUACCCCUAAGCAUCCCUCCCUACAUAGACCGAACACUCCUCAAGGCACGCGAUCCACCCAUAAUCGAAUUCCCUCACAACGAGUUUCUUGAUAUACCGGACAUAUCAAACACCCACGAGCUGUACGAGGAAGAAGAAAUGGUGUACCGAUCAUUCUAUUUCAACACAGAGAAGCUAGGACGAUUGAAGAAUACAUCAUUGGUAGACGGAGGUUUAACCAAGUGCACUACUUUUGAGUCUUUAACCGCCUUGGUUUGGAGAUCUCGAUGCAAAGCCUUGAGAAUGCAUCCUGAUCAACAAACAAAGCUACUCUUUGCAGUUGAUGGACGGUCUAGAUUUGAUCCGAAUUUGCCCAAGGGAUUCUUUGGAAACGGAAUUGUUCUGACUAACGCACUUAGCACAGCAGGCGAGCUUCUUGAGAACCCUUUAUCAUACGCGGUGGAGUUAGUUCAAGGAGCGAUUAAGUUGGUUACCGACAGUUACAUGAGAUCGGCUAUAGACUACUUUGAAGUGACUAGAGCUAGGCCUUCUCUGAAUGGUACACUAUUGGUAACAGCUUGGUCUAGGUUGCCGUUUCAUUCCCCCGAUUUUGGAUGGGGAGAAACGAUUUACACUGGCCCUGUGGGCUUGCCGGAGAAAGAGGUUGCGUUGUUUCUCCCUGGAGGAGACGAUAGGAAAGGCAUAAAUGUUCAUCUUGGAAUGCCGGUCUCAGCAAUGAAAAUCUUCGAGGAAGAAAUCGAGCAAAUAUAACAAGCACAACAAAUAUCGGUCUAUAGUGUCUAGUCUCCGACUACAAAGGAGGGGAGCUUUCGAGUUGUUUUCCUUCGUGUCGGUCUAUCAGUUCUGCCUUACUGUUUGGAUUUGAGAUUGAAGAUGAAGUAUUAAACUUGGAUGAAAUGUACGUUUAUGUUGUGAAUUAAUUGUGGAAGAAAUAAAAAUGAAAUUCAUGUUGAUAUACCAAGUAUAUAUUGACAUAUCAUUGUGGUAAUAGUUGUUGCUCUAGAUCACUUAAGAGUAUCUAACUGUCUAUGACUUAGUUUUUCUACUAAGAAACACAGGUGAAUCCUAAACUGACCUUACCCCUCAA